AUGUCUACAAAAUCCUCGACAACAGCGCCUACAUCACCAUCAAAGAGCACCAAAUCACUGAAGCAGCCCUCACUGGGCACGUCAUCCCUGCCCCGAUCGGCGGCCAGUAGUAACACAUCCCUGCACUCGACGGCCACCAGUGAGACCCAGUCGACGGUGCGGUCGACUACCGGGCCUACACUACGGCGCUCGCAGUCGUCCAACGAGAUACUCACUGAAAACGUGGACGACUUCGCGAUGGGCGACAGGGUAUGGGUGAACGGACAGCGCCCGGGGUUUAUACGCUACUUAGGGGACACCCAAUUCGCACCGGGAAAGUGGGCCGGAGUUGAGUUGGACGGCGAGGAGGGCAAGAAUGAUGGAUCGGUAGCCGGGGUCCGGUAUUUCGAGUGUCAGCCCCGGUAUGGCGUGUUUGUGAGGCCUCAGCGGCUCACACGACAGGCCAUCGAAGACCCGCCGAAGUCGGCGAAGAGCUCCUCCGGCAGUAGUAAUAACAACAGCCCUAACGCUACGACACCCUCCAGCCCUCCCUCGGCGCGCACUAAUGGGGACAGACUUAACAAAUCUAACGGCGCGAACACCAGUGGCUCGACGAAUGGGUCGGGCAGUCAGUACGGCGCCGGACGAUACGACCAUAAGUUCGCUGUAGGGGAUAGGGUACUGGUGAACGCGAGCACCGGUACUAAAUUGGGAACGUUGCGAUUCCUGGGGCCGGCCGACUUCGCACCGGGACGUUGGGCUGGUGUCGAGUUGGAUGAGGCGAUGGGCAAGAAUGACGGAUCGGUAGCCGGGAAACGGUAUUUCAAGUGCCCGGACAGGUACGGCCUGUUCGCCCCGAUGUCUAAGAUAGCGCCGGCGCCCCUAUCGGCGCUUAAAGUGUCGUCUAAGAAGUCGACAACCGGUGCUCUACCGAAACGGCCGGGCACUGGGCUCAGUAGGCAGAGGUCGGGUGGUAGUCAGGAGUCCCUUAACUCGAUAGCGUCGUCUACGGCGUCGUCCACGAGGCCGAGGGUCCGGUUAGGCGUCACAUCCCUGUCCUCCGCCCAUAAAGGCAGCAAACCGUCAGUGGCGGCUCAGGUGACGGCCACCUCCUCGGCCCUGAACGACGUAAUCAAGGAAAAGGAUGACCACAUCAGCCAACUAUUGAAGGAACGGGAUCUGGAGAGGGGAGAGGUGUCCAGGGCUGCGGCACAGGCGGACUCGCUCGAGGAGAAGCUACAGGCGCUUCAGGCCGACCACCAGCGACUGGUACAGGAG